GCUUCUUUUCCCCGCCCCCCUCCUGUGGUCCUGGGCCGUGGAUUCCAGCCGCCGGCUUCUCCAGGUGCUGCCAGACUUGGGCGUGUCGGUGUGCAAAGCCUCGGGAACAAGCUUUGACCGGAUUUGAGGAGGGGGGCGGGGAGGGAGUGCGACCCCGCCCCCUUCUCCAGUGGCCCGCGGGCGAACAGGCCGACCUCUCUCUCGGGCCGGCGGUGGGGCGGCGUAGCCGGGGCUGCUCGGCGGCGGAGGCCCGAGCCCGCAGGUGUCGGCGGCGAGGCCCCGUCCGCACAGGGUGGCUAGAUGGUGGGCUUCGGGGCCAAUCGGCGGGCCGGCCGCCUGCCGUCCUUCGUGCUGGUGGUGCUGCUGGUGGUGAUCGUCGCCCUCGCCUUCAACUACUGGAGCAUCUCCUCCCGCCACGUCCUGCUGCAGGAGGAGGUGGCCGAGCUGCAGGGCCAGGUCCAGCGCACCGAGGUGGCUCGCGGGCGCCUGGAGAAGCGCAACUCCGACCUCCUGCUCUUGGUGGACUCGCACAAGAAGCAGAUCGACCAGAAGGAGGCCGACUACGACCGCCUGAGCAGCCGCCUGCAGGCCCGGGAGAGCCUGGGCAAGAGAUGCGAGGAUGACAAGAUUAAACUGCAGAACAAUAUAUCAUAUCAGAUGGCAAAUAUCCAUCAUUUGAAAGAACAGCUUGCUGAGCUUCGUCAGGAGUUCCUUCGACAAGAAGACCAGCUUCAGGACUCUAGGAAGAACAACACUUACCUUGUGAAGAGAUUAGAAUAUGAGAGCUUUCAGUGUGGACAACAGAUCAAGGAAUUAAGAACCCAGCAUGAAGAAAAUAUUAAAAAGUUAGCAGAUCAGUUUUUGCAAGAACAAAAGCUAAUGAUCCAAAAAGUCCAGUCCAAAAGUGAAAAUGAACUGGGUAUAAAUAAUAAUGCAAUACCGAAAAAUACUCCACAUGCCGCUGAGAAGGCUGCAGCUGAGAACGAAGAGCCCUCGAGCAAUCGUGUUCCACUUGGGAAAGACCAAACCAAACGAGAUGGCGAUGCAGGAAUGCCUGGAAUAGAAGAAAAUGACCUUGCAAAAGCGGAAGACCUUCCCGCGGUUUUAAAGAAACCACCUAUUUCUGUUUCUCAGUAUGAAAGUCUUCAAGCAAUUUCCCAUCUUCCAACUGGACAACUUCUCCCCUUAAAUUUGGUUCCAGACUCUCAUGGAAACCCUGGUACUUCGAAACAGAAUCCUUCCAAUCCUCGUCAACAUUUAAUUCCAGGCUCAAAUCUGGAGACUGAACCAAGGCUUCAAAUGGACAAACUAAAGCAAGAUGCCAAGGAUAAAGGCGGUGAUUUCCCUAAAUUGAAGCAAAGCCGAUUCUUUGAUGAGAAUGAAUCCCCUGUUGAUCCGCAACAUGGCUCUAAACUGGCGGAUUAUAAUGGGGAUGAUGGUAACGUAGGUGAGUAUGAGGCAGACAAGCAGGCUGAGCUGGCUUACAAUGAGGAAGAAGAUGGUGAUGGUGGAGAGGAAGACAUCCAAGAUGAUGAAGAAAGGGAACUUCAGAUGGAUCCUGCAGAUUAUGGAAAGCAACGUUUCAGUGAUGUCCUUUAAGCCCUAAAGGAAACCAUCAAAAUACCUAAAGUGCUGUAAAAUGGAAUCAUUUCUACUUUGUCAUUUUUGACUUUUGUUGUAAAGAUCACUUGUAAAGAUACAUCAAGAUAGAUUUAAAGAAAAAAAAAUUAAUGAAGGAAUGUGCCCAUGUACAUAUGUUAACUUUUUCAUAUUGUAUUAUCAAAGAAGAGAUUUUUUUGGUUAUGAUACAGAGUUGAGCCAAAAACAAAGUAAGCAAAACUGUAGUCUUUGCAUUUAAAGAAAACGAAUGUAUAUUUUACAUUUUCGGAGCCUAAUUCUUUCCAAAAUGAACCAAUAGGAAGUAAGUGGUUAUAGAGUUUAUAUGUUGCACAUAGAAUAAUCACAGAACAGUUGCUUCACUGAAGACAAUUUUAUACACUGAUAUACUCUUGAUAGCCCAACAGGUGUUCUGCUUUAUCUACCCCUCAUCUCAUGCUUUUCAAGGAGUCACACUUAAAAUAGUUACAUAAAAGGGAGGAACCUGGAAGCCAAACACGGGGCAGCAUGUAUGCAAAAUCAUUUUCCUGCUUUCAUUCUACAUGAUGGCUCACGUCUUGGCAAGUAAGCUUAGGACUGAUAGAAGAUGAGAUAACAUUCAUGAGUCACAUCAUACUUAAUGAAAUUGUGAAAUGCAUGUUUCAUUUUCAAUUUUUUUUAACGUAAUACCAGUCCUGUAUAACUAUAUCCAGAACUGGCUAAAGUUUUAUAUUUCCAGGUCAAGUUGAUUAAAAUAUUCGUGAUAUAAAAUCCAGACUCUGAAAGAGGCUAGGUAAAUUUUGAAAUAAAUCUGCAUCAGCGUUUCAAAGCACCUCUGGUAGUUUUAAUGACCUUGUUUGACUAGACAUUUUCCAAAGUACUAAAUGAGGGCUUUUAAUAGGUUUUUUAAAUUGAUGCACAGAUAAAUCCGAAGUGUGGUGAAGCCUACAGCCAUUUUAUUAGGAUAUCUUAAAAAUUUGUAAUAAAGAUGAAAAACCUUUGUAAUUAAUAUGUUAGUUAAGAACCCACAAACCUCAUAUUUGCCACUUGUUUUAUUUGAAACACAUUUGUCUAUUUUGGCACUAUUCUAUAAAGUGCAUAAACCAGCUGAUCUUUGUGUUCUGAUACAGAAUAUCUGAAAAAUCUUGUCCCCCUUUGUCAAAACAAAACAUUUUGAUCAGUAAUGUGGGAGGUGGCCCAGGAGGUGGUAGGUACACUGAUUAAGGUGUUGGACUCUUGAGUAUGAUAUCCCAAGUCAGAUCCCCAGCCUCACAUGUGCCAAAUGCCAAAUGAUGCUGUGGUUAUCUCUCUCCUGCUCUCUGUCUCUCUCUCUUCCCCUUACCCCACCUCUCUCUCAUUUAUGAAUAACUAAUUUUUUAAAAAAUAUUUUUUAUCAUAAAGAGAAAUGUAAGGGUAUUCACUUUUUUCAGAAGGGGUGUUAAUUGCAUGUAAACAUAAAAUGUUUUCAUUUUUCUUCCUAUACUCAGGUUCUAGUCAAAAUUCUAGCCAAAAAACACCUAUAGAGGUAAAAAUAAAUGUUGCUCACUUUCUGAGGUGCAAAAAAUUCUUAGACAUCAGUUUGAGAUUAUUUUAUAACUAGGAAGGAAAAAAUGUACUAAAACUAAAAAAUGUCUUCUAUCAGAUCAAAGUUCAUGCCUCAGCUGUCAGUAGAAUCAGGACUACAGUAAGUGUGUAAGACAGUUCACAGAAUUUGAAAACUGGAAUUAAAGGUAAUUGUUAUACCUUCUGGGUAUUAGGUUAGAAAGGUGAGCUGAAAAGAUAUUCCUAGUAAUACUCUACAUUUCAUACUGUAAAAUCUUUACAAAUGAAAAACCAUGAAUUUGUAUGCCUUAGUUCCUUUGCCAUAAAAACAGUCAUUUGAUUAUGUGGUAGUUAUUACUUACACAGCAAAAUUUCUUCAAUUAGCUGUCUAGACAUUUUAUAAACUGAGAAAUCUUGGACCAAUUGAUAAUACUUCUGACUGUAUUAACAUUUUAGUGUUAUAAAAUACUAUGUGAAUCUUUAAAAUUUGACAUUCUACAGUUGGUAUUAGACAUGCUGGUUUUUAAUGCUUUACUUCUGCCUUAAGAUUUAGGUUUUUAAAAUGUAUUUUUUUCCCUGAAUUAAGUGUUAAUUUGAUGGGAAUUCUGCUUUUAAAAUCAUCACUUACUGGGUUCUAAUAAAUUAAAAAUCAAACUUG